AAUCCAAACAUGGUCGCAGGUAAAAGCUUGCGAAGAGCACUAUUUAAGUUUUCUGAUCGCCUGCUUCUGGUUUUAUUAUACGACUGUGUACCAGGUAAUGAGCGAAUGGGCCUCUUUCUGCGUCAUAAAAUAGAACGAUGCUCUGGCGUCUGAUCUGACCUUCAGAUCAACAGUGAGUUGUAAAGUCAGCUCGCUACCGUAGUCGAGUAGAACGUGGACGUGUGUGGGAUGUCAUUGCGCCAAGGUCGCCAGAAAUAGUGCGUGGGAGAGAGAAAAGCCAAGCGAAAGAAAGGGGCAGGAGCGCGAGAGUGGGAGAAAAUGUACUCACGGAAUGGAUCAGGCCAUUGAGUCCAUCUGAUUUCUGCACACUAAGAGGAGAGUGCGGGGGAGGUGAUGGAAGAGAAAGCCCUGGUGGGGCUUUGGGCGAUUCCCGCUUUCCCUGGAUCGAACAUGUCAGGCAUGGGGUGGGGGGAUUUUGGUUUCAGAAGGUUGUGGACUACUCUUAGGCACCACGCACAGGCCCCGGCAGAGCUUUUGGUUCAUGCAACGACUCCUUUCGUCAGGCCUGGCGCUCUGCUGAUCUGAGGAUCAUGCUCUGCUUUGUAUAUAACUGUGGGUGUGGAGGCAAAAUCCGCUCAUGCUCAUGCUCAUGCCCGAUCAACUCCAUGUCCUUGCAUUGGCAGCUUGAGAACUCUCGGUGGCCUCGUCCUGGAAUGUUGUGUACGAUAUGGUAACGCUGAAGCGCAGGCUAGAAGGGUCGGUAUGCAACCGCUGCUUAAAAGGAAAUGGAUCAGAUGGAGACAAUUCUAGAGGAUGGUGAUUCCGCCUCGAAUGAAUGGAUCCAUUUCCCGUGUUUUUCCAAAGCUGGCCAAAUGCUCAUGGAAGACAUGGCCCACAUUGUAGAGAUGGAGCUCGGUGAGCUGUUGUAUGCCAGCAGAACACCGUCGAAUGUCACUCGAUUCAUAAGCCCGAAGGGCAAUGCCGAAGGCUCCUUGGUGCUUAGAGCAGGCAGGAGCAGAUCCAAGGUGGAGUUCGUGAUGGGAUCGUGGCUGCGGUACGAUCUGCCUUUCGGCACCCUGAAGGUAGCCACAUUAUUUGUCAUGGCCAGCGCGGAGAGUGAUGCUCCGCACUUCCUCUUCGAGUUCAUCGAAAAUGGCUCGAGCAGCCUCGUCAUCCUACUCGAUCUCCUACCUCGAAAGGAUGUGGUGCUGGAACCGGAGUACCUCAAGAGAUUCUACGAGAAGAGCGAGCUGGAGAGCAUUCGGCAGACCAUCGAGCGUGCGCCUCAGUCCCAAACUUACAACUGCACGUCGCUCUACGUUCGCAGCGUGGUUUCGCCCACCGCCAUCCUCACCAAGAUUCACGACUGGCUCCCGUCGGGCCAACGCGGCGAAGCAGCCCUGGCCUCCGCGGUCGAGAAUGUCGUGCUCCCCACCGCCAAGAAGGUCUUCGGCACUUGGCUCGACGCCUUCCGCAACGGCGGCAAGGAGAUUAUGGAUGACAUCGACAGGCGCACCAUGGCCAAGCGAGACGCCCAGAUCAAACGCCAUGGCAUCGAGGUCGAUCUCAGCGCCAAUUUGCCUCGACUCUUCGGCCAGAGGAUCACCGACCGCGUCAUCGCAGCCUACAGGAACGGCCAAUGAUCUUCAUGCUUUUAUUGUACACUACAACAACAUCAUCAUCAUCAUCAUCAUCGACUACUUGUGUCCGUGCACGGCCUUCCCUCCGCUGCCGGUCAAUAGCUCAGUUUCUCUGGAGAGAGAGAGAGUUCCCCAAAUCACCAAUUUAUUUAUUACGUGUAGACUCUGUAAUUCAAUUUCUGUUAGGGAGUAGCCCGCGGUGAUCGUCACAACACCUCGAAGUCAAGACCUCAUACAUGUGUGAGUACAGUAUAGUGAGUCUACGAUUGUCUUACUACUGCUAAUCAUCUUGGAUUUGGCAAGCCAUGUCUGGAGCUUUCACUUCCACUAUCGCCUGCGUCAGAAGGGAGUGGGAAGCAGGAGGAUUGUUGGCACCUUGAUGGUAUUUCACUUCACUCGCUGUUCAUAGAGAUUUACGGCAAAAUGUACACACCGCUGAGCAACGCGUCGCGUUGCUCUAGCUGCAUUGUUUGUCACAGGAAUCUAUCCGGAGCACAAGCUCUGUCCAUCUGUUU